UGGCCCUCUCUCUCUCUCUCCAUAUUUGGCGUCCUCUUCUCUUUCCGCUGUCUUCAUCCGAAGAAUCUGCGUCUUCUUCUCUGUUCUCCCACCCCAAACAAGCCUACCAAUCCCUAAAGAAUACGCCCACACCUAUCCCUAGUCGAAGGCUUGCCCCUCCUUCCCUUCUUCCCCUGACCACACUCAUCAUCAUUGUCCUCCUCAUCGUCCGAAAUGGUUCCCUCCACGAGAGAGACGGCAUAGGAGAUACAGUACCUGCCAUCUUUCUGUCGCCCUCGACGACAAGGAGGAGAGCUAGGCGAGACCGGGGUGGUGGAUGGUGUGGAUGCCAAGCGACGUCGCGUGCUGCAUGGGGCUGCCGCGGUCCCUGUCGCAGUCCACAGGUUCCCCUCUCAUCCCUGACGCCGGCGCCACCGUCGCCGCCGCCGCCGGCUCUUUCCCAUCAGCGGAUGGCGAUCUCAGCAUCCGCGUCUCCCCCCGCGGCCACAGACGCCACAACAGCUUCUCCUAUUUCCGCCUCCCCACCGACCCGCUCCUCCGCCUCUCCGUCCUCAAGUUGGACGGCUCCUCCUUCGAUGUGCAAAUCGCGAAGACCGCAUGCGUGGGGGAGCUAAAGGAAGCCAUCGAGGAACUCUUCAGUCAGCCUUCCAAAGACGGGAGUUGCAUCAUAUCUUGGUCUCAUGUAUGGGGUCACUUCUGCUUAAGUUACAACGAAUACACAUUGACGAAUGAUAAGGCUUGUCUGAGAAAUUUCGGAAUCAAAGAUGGAGAUCAGCUUCAUUUUAUUAGACAUCUUUCUCUCAACCACGGGCCAAGCGAAGGAAGUUUGAAAAAUCAUGGGACUGAUUCAAUACAACAGAGAAAGUCAUUGACAGGGUCAAAAGUUCAUAAUGAAGUUGCAGUGAAAGACAAGAACAAGGAUCAUGAGGGAGUUGCUUCUAGUCAAUUUGUAGACGAACAAAAUGAUGAUGAUGAUGAUGAUGAUGAUGACCAGAUUGGACGGAUGGAAUUCAAGUUGCGUCGUCUAUUUCGUGGAUUAUUUCCCUAUGCCAAACUUGGGACAUCUCAGGAUGAUGAGUAUUCCAAAGCUAGCUGAAUCACCCAAAGUCGAGCACAGAUGACAUGAAACUAUUCCAGUAAAUUCUCAAUGGAAAUAAUUUUGAUGUGGGUAUCUUCCUGACCAGUUGCCGACCUUUGGUUUUUGCAACUCCCAAGGAUUUUUGGUUUUCGUAGUUAAGAUGAUACAUUCUUAAACAUAGUGAUAUUUGAUGACGUGUUAGUAUAAUUUGGUUCACUUAUCUUGUAACUUGUUUCAGAUAUGGGGAAACAUAUCUUUCGAUCA